AACCCGGUGACGCGGUUGCUAAGGAGACAGAGCACAAACAACAAACACAGCAGCGGCAGAGCGUUUCGUCAGGUCUGCAGCGGUUUUCCUGAAAGUAAAAUAUCAGCUGUGAAGAGGAGGCAUCAUGUCCAAGAAGACAAAGAAAAGUGGCCGGAAGUCAGAAGAGGAGAGACAGAUGCUUCUGCAGCAGAGAGGUCAGGCUGAGGAGGAGCUGAAGGAGAAGAAGGAGGAGAUGCUCAGCCUGUUUCUCAAGGACAAGCUGCAGGAGGAGCAGAGGAACACGGUCGUGACCAUGCAGAAAAUAAACGACGGCUGGAGGGAGAUGCUCCGCCUGGCCCAGGAGCCCGAGCUGCGGCGUGAGAUCAUUAUAUGUCAGCAGAUGUUUGAGAAGGAGAUGGAUGACCUGGAUAGCAUCAUUAAGAAUAAUGAGAGAGACAUGCAGGAGAUGGAGCGUUGGGAGGCGCAGGUGAAGAGCUGUCACCAGCAGCACAUGGAGGCAUUGUGGGCCCUGCAGGCCAAACGUCUGCUGUGUUUGGAGCAGCAGUGGGAGAGUAGCCUGCAGGAAAUCAGGUCUAGCUGGAGCUCUCAGAGGCAGCAGAUGUUGCCCCAGUCUCAGCAGCUUGAGGUCCUGCUGCAGAAUCUAAAGCUCACUGCAGAGCAGCAAAAUAAAGAUGCUCUUGAUGACAUCAAGGCCUUUUAUGAACAAACCCAGAUGAAGUAUCUGAAAACUUUGGAGGAACAGAUGGCUGCGGAAGAGUUCAGGGAAGAAGUGAAGGAAGCCAUCCAGAGAAAUGUAGAGGGUCUGCAGUACAGCAACAAGCUGUCAGCAGACAUUGAAGACCUGUUCACUGAAAGCCAGAAAGAGAUGAGCAAGGGCUUGAAGAUCAUCAAGAAGCUGGAGAAAAACAUCUGCCAGUUGACCACAGAAAACACCUCAAAGGAAGAAGCUCUGACAGACGCCAUAAAUGAGGCUAAGCACAAGGGUCAAUCUCUGCGGAAAGAGCGAAUCCAAGCACAAAAGGCAACAAGGAAGAAGCUCACCAAACUCGUCAUGCAGGGUGACGCUGCCACCAAGAAGCUGCAGACCAUCAUUGCUAAGGGAGAGAGGGUUUUACGGUGCGCUGACAUUUGUUCCAAGCUGGAGAGAAAGCAUGAAGCUUUAUUAUCAUCAUCAUCAUCAGGCCCCACAGAUGAGGCCAGCAACAUGCCAGCAAAGGAUGUCUGUGGCUUCCCGGAGCUGCAGCAGCUGGAGCGGCGUAUAAGCAAUGCCGUGCUGGUGCGAGAAGAUCUGAAGAAACAAAAGGAGGAGCUGAGGCGAGAGAACAGAGAGCUGAAGAAUUUAAUAGAUCAGCACAGGCAUCCCCCCACUCUCCACGUGGCCCCAGCCCCCACCAUGAGCACCCCACCGGGCGCGAGCAAUGGUCGCUGCGUCAUCAAUGCCACGCACAUCAUCCUAAAGAGGAAAUAA